CAGAGGGAGAAGCAGGCUCCAUGCACCGGGAGCCCGACGUGGGACUCGAUCCCGGGUCUCCAGGAUCGCGCCCUGGGCCAAAGGCAGGCACCAAACCACUGCGCCACCCAGGGAUCCCUCAAUUUGAGUCUAUCUGAUAUACUCCCAUAAAUACAUCGAGGGAGAUUCACCAACAAAAGUAAAUUAUAGACUGUCUUGAAAAUUCCCAUGGACUUGAUCUUGGCAGUUAAUGGCAUACUGUCUUACAGUAUUAUUUAAAUGAAGUUUCAUGUUGCUUAGUUUUCCUUCAUCUUUCUUGAAGAUUAAUUAGUUACCCUGGAUAUGCUGCUCUUCUUUAUUUUGGGAUUGCUUGUACAUUUUGUGUUCUUCGGCUCCAUCUUUGAUAUUUAUUUUACAUCUCCUUUGGUUCAUGGAAUGACUCCUCAGUUAACGCCAUUGCCUCCUCCAGCAAAAAGAUUAGUACUAUUUGUUGCUGAUGGCCUGCGGGCUGAUACACUUUAUGAAUUAGAUGAAAAUGGAAAUACUAGAGCGCCAUUUAUUAGGAAUAUCAUCAUGCAUGAAGGCAGCUGGGGGAUAUCUCAUACACGGGUGCCAACUGAAUCCCGGCCAGGUCACGUAGCCCUGAUAGCUGGGUUUUAUGAAGAUGUCAGUGCAGUUGCCAAAGGAUGGAAGGAAAAUCCUGUGGGAUUUGAUUCUCUUAUUAAUGAAAGCAGGUACACAUGGAGCUGGGGAAGCCCAGAUAUCUUGACUAUGUUUGCCAAAGGUGCUAGUGGAGACCAUGUUUAUGCAUAUAGCUAUGAUGCUGACAAUGAGGAUUUUGGUGCCCAGGAUGUAACAAAACUGGAUACUUGGGUUUUUGAUAAUAUGAAGGAAUUCUUUCAUGCUGCCAGAAACAACCAAUCUUUGUUUUCUAAACUAAAUGAAGAAAAAAUAGUUUUUUUCUUACAUUUAUUAGGAAUAGAUACAAAUGGACAUGCUCACCGACCAACAUCGAGGGAAUAUAAGGACAAUAUUAAAGUAGUUGAUGAGGGAAUUAAAGAAAUUGUAUCCAUGCUUGAAGAUUUUUAUGGAAAUGAUGGGAAAACAGCAUUUAUCUUUACUUCUGACCAUGGAAUGACAGAUUGGGGUUUCCAUGGGGCUGGUCAUCCUUCAGAGACUUUAACUCCUUUUGUCACUUGGGGAGCUGGAAUCAAGUAUCCCCAAAGAGUAUCAGCUCAGAAAUUUGAUGAUGCAUUUUUAAAAGAAUGGAAAUUAGAGAACUGGAAGAGACAAGAUAUCCAUCAGGCCGAUAUUGCACCAUUAAUGGCUUCUCUUAUUGGAGUUCCCUUUCCCCUUAAUUCAGUGGGUAUCCUUCCUGUAGAUUAUCUUAACAACACUGAUCUCUUCAAAGCAGAGAGCAUGUUUACAAAUGCAGUACAGAUUCUUGAACAAUUCAAGGUGAAAAUGACUCAGAAAAAAGAAGCUACUUUACCCUUUUUUUUUACACCAUUUAAGUUGCUUUCUGAAUCUAAACAGCUAAACAUUUUACGAAAAGCCAGGUCUUAUAUAAAACAGAGAAAGUACGAUGAAGCAGUCUCCCUUUGCAAGGAGCUGAUUCAGCUUGCAUUAAAAGGCUUGUCCUAUUAUCAUACUUAUGACAGGUUCUUCUUGGGCAUCAAUGUUGUUCUUGGUUUUGUGGGAUGGACAUCUUAUGCUUCUUUGUUGAUCAUCAGGUCUCAUUCCAGCUUUACUAGAGGUGUCAGUAAAGAAGUUAAGAAACCAAGCCACCUCCUGUCAUGUAGUUUUAUAGCUGUUGGUGUUUUAGUAGCAUUUUUCCUGCUGAUUCAGGACUGUCCCUGGACUUACUACAUAUAUUGUUUGUUGCCAGUGCCAAUAUGGUAUGCUGUGCUAAGAGAGUUUCAAGUCAUUCAGGACUUUGUCAUAUCACUGUUGACCUUUCCUCCAAGUCAGUUGGCUGGCUACCUGUUCAUCUUUACCUUGGGAAUUGAAGUAUUAGUUCUCAGUUUUUUCUACCGCUACAUGCUCACAGCUGGACUUAUUGCAUUUGCCUGUUGGCCAUUUAUCACUCAGCUAUGGACUCGAGCAAAGAGCAUCUCACUGAGUUGGAUUUUCUUCUCUUUGCUCCUGGCAGUAUUCCCACUGAUGCCUGUUGUAGGAAGAAAGCCAGAUAUCUUUCUAGUAAUAGGAGCUGGCUCGCUGGUUCUUCUGCUGUCCCUGUGUGUUCUAACAUCUCUCAUAAAAAGAAAAGAUCGUUUUAUAAAUGAAGAGCUGCUGUUACAUCUGUUUCAGAUGCUGAGCAUAGUGCUUUCCAUGUGUGUUGUGUACAGCACCCAUCACAGUCUACUCAAGAAACAAGGACUGCCUUUUUUAAACCAGAUCAUUAGCUGGAUAAUAUUAGCCUCUUCCUUCGUCCUACCACUACUGAGUCCUACAAGUCUCUUUGAGCGGUUGUUUAGCAUACUUCUUUCCUGGAUGUCAGCCUACCUACUGCUAAGCACAGGGUAUGAAGCUCUCUUUCCAUUAGUAUUGUCGUGCUUAAUGUUUGUCUGGAUACGGAUGGAACAAGAAACUCUGCAGCAAUCCGGUGUUUCCUAUAGACAGAAGUCACAAGGAUAUUUAUGUUGUCACAAGUCAAUUCAUGAAUUUGAUCAUAAGGUCACCAGUCUCCAGUUCACCUGUAAUCUUGAUAUAACCCAGUUUCGACAUCUCUAUCUGGAUGACAUCCGGAGGGCUUUUUUCCUUGUUUUCUUCUUAGUGACAGCAUUUUUUGGAACUGGGAACAUAGCUUCUGUUAACAGCUUUGAUCUUGCCUCUGUCUAUUGCUUUCUGACUGUGUUUAGUCCUUAUAUGAUGGGAGCCCUGAUGAUGUGGAAGAUUUUAAUCCCCUUUGUUCUUGUGAUGUGUGCUUUUGAAGCGGUUCAGUUAACUACCCAGUUAUCAUCAAAAAGCCUUUUUCUCAUGGUUCUCAUCAUAUCAGACAUUAUGGCUUUGCAUUUUUUCUUCUUGGUCAAGGAUUAUGGCAGCUGGCUUGAGAUUGGAACAAGCAUUAGCCACUAUGUGAUUGUCAUGUCCAUGACCAUCGUUCUAAUGUUGCUCAAUGGCCUGGCACACCUACUCACGACAAAGAAACUUGAACUCUAUGGCAAACCCAAAAGCCACCUCAUAUGAUGCUGCUGAAGCCAUCAUUCAACAUCUGGAUCCUGUUUCUCAUUUGCCUUUUAAACUAAACUCUUAUCAAGGAUUCAGUAAGAAAAUGGAUAUUGAUAUACAGCCAUAUUCUGCUCCUAAAAAAGAAAAUUGUAUGUGGAAUUCUGAAUUUACAGGUUGUCUGGAAUAAAGGAGCCUCCAUUUUCUUUAGGUUUUGUACAUGUGAAAUAGUGGUUGUAUCUGUCGAAAAGCUUAGUAAACUUUCUCCACUUGCAUUUUCUUCCUUUAGCUGGCAGCUCUUCUCACUGAUGUUUCAGAGCACCUGUUAACUGUGCAAUUCCCCACACAUGCAAAGGAGGAUGUGCUCCCUUGGGGGCGGACCGAUCACAUCCAAAAUCCGUGAUGGAGAAACUUGAAGGAAAUCACCAGGUGGCACCAUAAAUAUUUAUCAACUCUCAGCACUGGUUUUACAAGUAGUUCUAACUACUAAAUGCUAACACUAGGAAAAUGGUCAGGAUCUGUUACUUCCUGAAGCUUUAGUGGAAACAGUGCUGGCCAGUGUUUGCCAUUCUCCUUCAGAGUGCACCCAUACCAUCGUCUUAGUGCUGUCUCCAGGGUGUCCAUCAUAUACCAGCAGAUGCAUGUUGUCCCUUCACUCCUUUUUUUUUUUUAAUUUUUUUUUUCCAUUUCUGGAUUCCCAUUGGAAUUUCUAGAGACAGAAAGGUAGAAAAUGCUUGGUAUUUGUGUUUCAUUCAAGGGAAGAAUUUUUAAAGGAUAAUUUUUUAAUUGUAGACUCAGUAUCUGUUACCCCCAUACCUUUUAUCACAUGUUUUGACAGAAUUCUUUAAGUCACUGGUUAAACUUGCAACAUCACAAAAAUCAGUGUUAACAUUUCCUGUCUUCUAGUUGUAAGAUCCUAUCCCAGAGGCCUAGAGUCUUCUCAUUUAAUUUAAAUUUCUGUUUGUAAACUAAUUCUAAUGGACAAAAUAUUUUGAGAGUAAUUUUUAUUUGGGUUUUUCAUAAAGUAACCUUUAUUUUUUUUUAAAGUAACCUUUAUGUAUUACUGUAGAGUUGGCCUUUUGCCUGUGGUAUGCCAGUAGAUUUUGGCUGAUGCUAAGCUUUGCUGCUCUAAGUCUCAUUCUUAAAAAAUAAUUGCUUUUGAAUUCAAUUAUAACAUUACUAACAUUAAUAACAAAAAAGUCCUCUGCAAAUUACCGUGUUUUUCAAAUUGACAGGUGAGUGAACAAACACAAUUUAGAAGAUUCAAAAAUCAGUUUGGCAAAAUGUGCUUUUGUAAUUUCUGUUCAUAAUGAAGUGUGGUUAUAAUUUGUGUGUGAUAGUACUUCAUGGUAUACCAAUGACAGCACCAUACUCCAAGAGAAGAGAUCAAUGUCAGUAUAAUACCACGUGUCAGUCUGUAAUACAAAAUCUCAGUCAACAACUAAGAAGCUGCCAUAGCAGGUGAUGACACUGGCAGAUAUAAAACCUAUGAACUUUCACAUUGUCUUAGAGGAUUUGUAAUCCGUUUUUUCAUGAGUCAGAGAAAACUUACUUUAUAAACACCAUUUUAACUCCUUUUAUGUCCAGUUUUACUUUCUAUCUUUUCCCAAAUUUUCACACAGAGGAAUUAAUGAAUAUUUUAUUACAGCAUUGUAAAAGGUGCUCAGUGCUUUAUCUUUAUUUUGUUCUUUGAAGCACAUCUUUUCCUAAUACUGUUUUGAAUCAGUGUGCCUACAAAACAAGAAUAUGUACCUGCAGCCACAGGCUGGGAUUGCUGCACUGUUUACUGGACCCCUCAGGCUUCCUUGAGAACAUUUUGCUAGACAGGCCUUUUCUGUUCUGCAGCUUGUCAAAUAUCUUAAAAGUGUUUUAAAAUAUUUUUAUAUUAAUAGAAAAAAUAAAUAUGAUUUAAAUGUA